AUACAGUUUUCUUAGAGGUUUUGCAGCGUUCGCAACAAUUUGGAGGUGUCCUUUUGAGAAGAAGCCGUAGUUUGGUGUGUGCAGACGGAGAUUAGUCCCCGCUGACUCAAGGAUUGUGUGUGUGUGCCGCAAGGAUCAGGAAGCAAAGUGUGCAAAAAUUGUGUGGACAUUUGACGGUGGAAUAACCCCCAAAGGACAUUCUGUUUAGCUUUUUGAUAAGCGAACGAAGAAGUGGUGUGGCGAAAAUGAUGAAGUACAGCAUAGUUUUUGUGGUCGCUUUGUUUGGAGCCGCGGUGGCCCAGGACAGCUUCAAAUGUCCAGACGACUUUGGCUUCUACCCCCACCACACAUCCUGCGACAAGUACUGGAAGUGCGACAACAACGUGGCCGAGCUGAAAACCUGCGGCAACGGACUGGCCUUCGACGCGUCAGACUCCAAAUAUCUGACGGAGAACUGUGAUUACCUGCACAACGUCGACUGUGGUGACCGCACACAGCUAGAACCACCAAUCUCCACUCCACACUGCGAGCGUCUGUACGGUAUCUUCGCGGACGGUGCCAAGUGCGACGUGUUCUGGAACUGUUGGAACGGUGAAGCCUCGCGCUACCAGUGCUCCCCCGGACUGGCCUACGACCGUGAAGCGCGCGUCUGCAUGUGGGCUGACCAGGUGCCGGAGUGCAGAAACGAGGAGGUAGCCAACGGAUUCGCCUGCCCCGCUGCCGGAGAAAUCUCCAACGCCGGAUCGUUCUCGCGACAUGCCCACCCCGAGGACUGCCGUAAGUACUACAUCUGCCUGGAGGGAGUGGCCCGCGAGUACGGAUGCCCGAUCGGAACCGUUUUCAAGAUCGGAGACGCUGACGGAACCGGAAACUGCGAAGAUCCCGAGGAUGUUCCCGGAUGUGAAGAUUACUACGGUGACUUGGACUUGAAAAGCAUCCGUAAGAGCGAACUCCUCGCCGGCCUGGCCAACCAGGGUGGAGCUCAGGCUAUCAAGCCCCAUUCCAAAUCCAACCGUCCGUCUCAGAAGGAAAACUAAACUGUAAAAUCCGAGAUAGAGAGAGAUAAAAUUUAACAUUUUAAGAAAGGAAAAACAAAAAACUACAACAACAACAAAAUAGAAACACAACAAAAAAACACUACAGCGAAAUGUACUUCGAGAAGACCCAGAGACCUAGACGCUAGGGACAGUAGCGGAGCUAGUUUCUAAGAAGUAAUAUUUUUUUAAACUUGAAAGAUCCUCCGAUGACCAUCCUGCUUGCUGCCCGCGCGGAGGAUUAUAGACUGUUAUUAAAGUAAAGAUUUUAGUUAAGUGAUAGUCAGAGAGGAAUACUCAAAUCUGCAGAAAUUUCCAUAAAAAAAAACUUUAAACAUCUGAGCAAUAUUUUUUAAAGAGAUUUGUUUUGUAAAAUUUUUAAAACUCUAGAAAAGUGAACUUCGCUAGAUCAGAGAAACACAAUUUUUAAUUUAUUUAUUUUCCUCCCCUCCUUAGUUAAGUUGACGUAAUUGCACCCAACCCGCCCUGUGUUCUGUUGUAAUUCGAUACUCUUUUUAUGUUCUACUGUUCUCUACGACACCCUACCCUACUCUAUAGGAGAGACCUCUCAAGUUUACUUGUACACCGACUGAGGAAUAUUGCCUCACCAACAAGCAAGUUUUCAAACUUUUCUAUGAAAAAAUACAGAUUUCAUUUGUAUGUAAAAAUUGGAUACCUUAUACCGAGAAAAACCUAAGAAAGAAAAAAAAACGAUAAAAUAAAGGGAAAAUCUAAAAAAAUCACAAAAA